UUUUCCAAGAAAUUGGGAACUUUAUUAAAAUGUCUUCAUUGCGCAGCGUCAAUCUGCGACCAGCGUACUGUCUAAUCCCAGCGUUAUCCAUCCUCCUCUUGACCGCCUGGAUCGUCGUGUCCCCGCCCAGUACGCAGCGCUACCUGGUGGCUUUGAUCCCCAGCGUAGCGUAUCAUUCGUCAUCGCCCGGCAUCGCCGACAUCACCGACGACACGGUCAUCGACGCAACUUCAACCAAUUUCCCGGUGCAUUUUGUGCGCUUGUACCCAACCGCCCCGGGCGCCAACGACACACUGUGUUGGGUGCAGUGUGUCAGCUUAUUAUCCGUGCUGAUUUAUAUCAAACCAUCGCGCAUCUACAUCCACACCAACUACCCGGAUUUCUGGCCGUUUGACACGUGUAAUUCGCUGAUUUCCAAUUGGACGACGGUGCGAUUGGUUCGUACGCGACGGCGCUUCGUGAUUGGCCGGCACCGGUUAAGCGGGACAGCGAAGACCAUCCGCCACGAAGCGGAUCUGGCGAAACUGUUUAUUUUGCUAAAACACGGCGGGAUCACGCUAGAUUUUGAUGUAUACGUUUUACCGAAAAUCUCCAGGUUGGUGAUUUUAUUGGAGAAGAAGUACGACUGUAUCGCUACUCAGGAGGACGCCAGCAACACAAAUAUUGGGUUCCUGGCGUGCCGGAAAGGCGCGGCGUAUGUGAAGGAUAUUUUACAGCAUUAUGUGGAUGAUUAUCGGAGAACGUGGGUGUAUAAUUCGGGAUUAGUGCCGAUGCAGUUGUAUAAGAAUACUUCGGAGCAUCGCACGUCGGUGUACAUGGACCAGAAGAUCGCCAUGAAUCCCAGUUGGUAUAAGAAGAAGGAUAUGUGGGAGCAUGAUGACAGGGUUGAUUGGCGCGAUAAACCGGCGUACCAUUCGUUCUUUACGGAUUGCUCCGUUACGCAGAAAUCCUUAGUUACGCGCAAUACGAGUUUGUUUCAAUUGUUUUCCUCGAUUGUGCAAGACGGACGGUUGACACGUGGUUAA